CUCAUGAACUCGUUGAUGUUAAAUGAUCUCUGUCCUUAUCCUCUGCCAUUCAGCUAAGAGUGCAGCCCGCGAGGGAUAUAUAAAUAGGAAGCCAAGACCCUCAGCUCACAGAGGAUGGCAAGGAACAGAGUGCGCUCAGCCAGCUGCAUCUCGAAGGAAACUAUCACUGCAGAUCCAUUGCUUGCUGAUUGAACGCUGCUUCCAGAGGAGAACCUAUUUGCUGAACUGUGAUUCCUGCUAACCCAGGGAAGCAAUGGUCGGACUGAAGCCCACUGACAUCCCUCCAACUGCUACUGUUAAAUUCCUGAGUGCCGGGAUGGCAGCCUGCAUAGCAGAUCUCUGCACCUUCCCUCUGGACACUGCGAAAGUCAGACUGCAGAUCCAGGGAGAGUCCAAGCCUACCAAGAACAUGAAGACCAUCCACUAUAAGGGCGUCUUUGGCACAAUCACCACCAUGGUGAGGACAGAAGGUCCCACGAGCCUGUACAAUGGCCUAGUGGCUGGUCUUCAGCGUCAGAUGAGCUUUGCUUCCAUUCGUAUCGGGCUGUACGACUCCGUGAAACAAUUCUUCACCUCCACGGGAUCAGAGAAUGCCGGCGUUCUCACGCGGUUGCUGGCGGGCUGCACCACUGGAGCUAUGGCAGUCACAUGUGCCCAGCCGACCGACGUGGUCAAGGUGCGAUUCCAAGCCCACGUGAGGCUGACGGAUGGAACCAAGAAAUACAACGGGACUGUGGAUGCCUAUAAAACCAUUGCCAAGGAGGAAGGGAUCAGAGGCCUCUGGAAAGGGACAUUACCCAACAUCACCCGCAACGCCAUUGUGAACUGCGGAGAGAUGGUUACCUAUGACCUCCUCAAGGAGAUGCUGCUGAAAUACCAUCUAAUGACAGACACUUUUCCUUGCCAUUUCAUUGCUGCUUUCGGAGCUGGGUUCUGCGCCACUGUGGUGGCUUCGCCCGUCGAUGUCGUGAAGACGAGAUACAUGAAUUCCACCCCUGGCCAGUACAGAAAUGCCUUCAACUGUAUGCUCACCAUGGUGAUCCUGGAAGGACCCACAGCGUUUUACAAGGGGUUCAUGCCCUCGUUCCUGCGGCUGGGAUCCUGGAACGUGGUGAUGUUUGUCACCUAUGAGCAGCUGAAACGCGCUGUGACGCUGGCCCAGGAGUCAUAGGUGUCUCCAUCCUAAGC